UGCCGUGUCGAAAAAAAAAUACGCGUUUGUCGGUAAAAACAAUCUCGCGGGGACACGAAACUGCAUUUCUAAUUUAGGGAAGGUCCUGCGUGAGUGUGUGCAUUAAUAAAUCCCUAGGAAGGGCCUGGAGCCUACGUGAAAUAAUACGUUUUUUGGAUAUCCGCGCUUCCGCUUGUGCGUGCUCUUUGUGCCCGAGAUGAUCAGUGGCCUCUAGUGCUCCAGUAACUGCUACUAUCCGUCGAUUAAAAUUAAAGGUGCACUUAGUACACAUUCGGUUACAAACGUGCCUGUGUUCAGUGUCCAAACGACAAAACAAACAAACGGAAAGUGUGAUCUUCUGUUCCCGCGAGAUCAUCCCGAAUAUCGAGUAAGACGCUGUUCGCUUUGUGUUAUGUGUCUGUUGUUUGUGUGGGUGUGUGUGUGUGUGCAUGUUUAUGUUUGCCGAUGAUGCUGCACGCUGCGAGAGCAUAAGCCGAGCAUGAGGCGUGAGCAUCUCUCCUAAUCCUGAUCAAGACGAAUCCCAUCGCAUGACGCGGUAGUGUGAGUGGGCCUGUACCAAAAGUGCAUCUUGAGUGAAAUUUACGAUCGUGCCUUAAAGCACCCUGGUGCACGUGUUGUGUAGUGCCUUUCGCGCUCCUGCAUUUAUGCUGAGCUGAGCGGUUUGCAGAAGUGGGGAAAUUGCAAUCGGAUCCUCGGAACCGGGAACGCGUAAAGGGGUGGUGGAUAUCGAAUGACAUGCUUAUGACCCAUCGUGCACUGUGUAAACUCUAAGCGGAAAGUUACGGAUUCAAGCAUCAAAAACGAAGAAGGAGAGCGAGAGAGAACCACAUCGAGCCAAGCCCAAGUCGUGAAGUCGGAAGCGUGUGAACGCGUAAAGCGAAGCAACGAAAUCGUCGCAGUCGCCGUCGCCGCCUACUGCUGAUCCAGCACAGUUUUGGUUUGGUUUUGUGAGAAACGAUUACCCAUUGCACCGCCGCAGCCGCCGCCGCCAUGUUGCCAGAGCGGAGGUUAAGGAGGCAGUCAGCAGUGAGCGUGUGUAGCGAUCGGAUCGACUAGCCUCUAUCAUCUUGCCUGGUGCUCGUUGCUAGUGCUGGUGGUACUGCUGCGAUCGUAAUUAAUGAUCGAACGUCGGUUGCUGACAGCUUUGUGACGGGAGUAGAAGAAACCUUACAUUAGCUUGCAACGGCUGCUGCUGCUGUUGCUACUGCAGCAAGAAAACAAGGAAGUGCUGUGCAACCGCAGAAAGUCGAAGGAAAAAGGGUCCUCCAUUGGGAGCGUACGUUCGUUGCAUCGGGCAGCAUCAAAACUACUGGACGACGGCUUACACCUAUUAAAACUAGAUCCCGCGGCGAAGCAACACAAGUGCUGCGCUCGCGUACAUAAGAUAUAUCGCCCAGAACAGAGAGAGAGAGAGAGAGAGAGAUAGAGAUGGCACACAGAAGCAGCAGCAGAAGAACACAGAUGGCAACGACGAAGGCGAUGAAGCACCUGACGACGUUGUGCAGCAGCAUGAUGGCGCUACUCACCAUCGCCCAGUGCAUCGCGCAGGCCGAAAGUUGGGUACCAGAUGUCCAGAGCAAGAUACGCAUCCCAUACGAUGCCUCAGUUCCGUCGUUCUUCGGUAACAGUAGCGAUCACUUCAAGCUACUCGAUCAGAACGAGGAUACGCUGCUGAUCGGGGCACGGAAUGCGGUCUACAACAUCUCGAUCGAGCAGCUGGUAGAGCUGAACGGUCAGCGUAUCGUGUGGCCCUCGUCCGACGCCCAUCGGGAACUGUGCAUCCUGAAGGGUAAACAGGAACCGGAUUGUCAGAAUUACAUUCGUGUGUUUGCGCGCGUCGCUCCGAAUCGGUUGAUGGUGUGCGGUACCAACUCCUACAAGCCACUGUGCCGGUAUUACAAUGUGCUGCCGAGCAAUGGGACGAUCGUGUACGACAACAACGAGCAGGAAGCGCAGGGACGCUGCCCUUAUAAUCCGCAACAUAACAGUACCUACGUGUACACGAGCGAUGGUCAGCUGUAUUCGGCGACCGUGGCUGACUUUUCCGGUGCCGAUGCCCUGAUCUAUCGGGAGACGCAACGUACCGAGCACUACGAUAGCAAGCAGCUCAACCAGCCCGCGUUCGUCAGCGCGAUCGAGCAUAACGGGUACGUGAUGUUUUUCUUCCGUGAGGUCGCGAUCGAGUACAUGAACUGUGGUAAAGCGAUCUACUCGCGUGUGGCACGCGUCUGCAAGAACGACAAGGGUGGACCGUACCCGUUCCAGGAUCGUUGGACAUCGUACCUGAAGGCGCGCCUGAACUGUUCGAUCCCGGGCGAGUAUCCGUUCUACUUCGAUGAACUACAGGCUACAACGAAGACGAUCAAUGGAACGUACGGUGGUGAUAGGAACCAGAUCAUCUACGCCAUCAUGACGACACCGGAGAAUGCGAUCGGUGGUUCGGCCGUGUGUGCCUUUUCGGUGCAGGACAUACUGGAAGCGUUCGAGGGCCCCUUCAAGGCACAGCGAGACAUUCACUCCAACUGGCUGCAGGUACCGCAGAGUGCCGUACCGGAACCGCGUCCUGGCAAGUGCGUCGAUGAUAGCCGCACACUGCCGAAGGCGUCUGUGAAUUUCGUAAAGUCAAACAAUCUGAUGGACAGUGCUGUCCGGUCACUGCACAGUCGGCCCGUUUUUACGCGCGUCAGUCUCUACUAUCGUCUAUCGGCGAUUGCGGUUGAUCCGCAGGUACUAGCCCUGGAUGGUCUCCGGUACGAUGUGAUUUUCGUCGGUACCAACGAUGGUAAGGUGAUCAAGUUCGUUAACAUCCUGUCGGCGAACACAUCGGACGAUGUGCGGACGGUGGUGAUCAGUGAAACGCAAGCGUUCCCACCCGGUACCAAGAUCAGUGAGCUGACCAUCUCGAAGCGCAACUCGGCACUGAUCGUGAUUGGAGCGGGCAAGAUCGUUACACUGCCGCUGCACACCUGCCACGAGCACGGUUUCAAGACGUGCCGCAAGUGUUUGGAUCUGCAGGAUCCGUACUGUGUCUGGGAUGAUCAGAACCGGGAGUGCAAGACGAUCGAGGAGGUGCGCUCGUCCGGUGCACCGAUCGAUCAGUUUUAUCAGCGAUUGGAUGGGGAGCGCAUUGGUGAGAUCUGCCGGAAGUACGAUCACCAGGAGCAUCAGGCGGUACAUCCGUACGAGGACAAUGAUGUUUAUACGCGCGUCGAUGGAUCGGGUGCGGUGGAGAAACCGGACAAAACGUACGAUCAACGUAAUGUACUGAUCGUGCACUCCAACCAUGGAACGGUGGCAUCGGUCGGACCAGAGGAUAUCGAUAACGAGAUUUCAAUGUCUUCGAUCGAAGGUGACGAUCUAACGAAUCGGAUCAUCAACACGCACCAGUACCACAGCAAAACAGAUACGCUGGUGAACGAGGCCACACUGCAAAUGGCGUCGGUCAAUUUGUGGGUUUACGUUCUGGUCGCCGUGAUCAUACUGUUCAUCGGGAUGGGGAUAGGUUACAUGCUGACCAGACAUAGCUUUAUAAAAAAGUCACUUUCGGGGUGCGAGCACCGGAAUCAAUUGAGCUGGCACAACGGGAAGAGCAGCCUGAGUAUGCUUUCGCAGAACCGAACGAGCGGUAAGGACGUGAACCUGCUGAUGAACACCUCGAACCAGUACCACACCCAGCAGCAGGCGAUCGUGCAGCAGCUACAGCAGCACCAUCAGAACAACUGCAAGGACAACAUCGACUUCGACUACAAGGACCGGAGCGUCGAGUGCAAGAACUCGACCGAAAACCUCGAGAAGGACAUCAGCAAGGGCAUGGGCACGCUGCAGAAGACGCGCCACUUGAAGACCUUUAAACCGUAGAAACGACUGCGCUUGUUCCGCUCUUAGAGCCAGGGUCAAAGGCAGCCGGCCAGCAAAGCAGACAUAGAGAGAGAAAGGGAGAGAUAGUAGAAAAGAGGGAAAGACAGUAAGAUAUGCGUAAUGACACCUACCACUGAGUCCGUGUGUCAUCUAAGAGCAACGAACGAACGAACGAACGAACGAAGCAAGAAGUAUGAUCCAGUCGAAUCGCCCCAUGCACCAUGGCAACCGACAACCGCACCACCGCCACCGAGAACGAUAAAAGUAAGAAAACGAAGCAAGCAAUGAACAGGGAGGAGCAAUUGAGAUAAGUUGGUGCGAGAAGAUCGAGACGCGAUUGCGCGAUAAUGAGACACGAGAGUGAGACUGUGUGCCUAGCACAAACCCUUCUUCUUGCAAAAACAAAACCAGAUGGCCUCCACGAUCGAACAGAUCAGCAUCGAAGGGAAAGAGGGAUCGCCUUUCGCCCCACCACAGCCAUCAAUAAGUGUGCAUCCCAUCAAAUCGUAGUGUGUCUUAAGAAGGAACAGGAAACAAAAUAGCAGAGGCCUUAAAAGCAAACGAGAUCGAGUGGCAGGCAAUAGUUAGGAACGAGGAUUCCCGGGAGUAGGAUUUGAUUUUCAGAUUUUUUAUACUCCCCAGAACCGGAACCUCCCCUUCGCCGUCUUUCGGGGUCGACUCCAGCAAGCAAGCAAGCAGGAGGUCCCCUUUAUGUCGUAAACUUAUGAUGCGUUCCAAUACAACAACGCGAGCAGAGCUCGUACUAGGUACUCUAUGGGGUAAGCGAUAGGAAAUGUGUGUGGCACUCGCAUGACGACGAAUGAAUGAUGAUGUGAGUGAGGAUGAGGAGGAGAGGUGCAAGCGCACCGGGCGUAGGUUUUAAGGGGAAGCAAUCAUGGAAUUGAUCUUUGAUUUUUUUCAUUACAUUAAUGACAUCCAUAUUUGCGAAACAUCCAUAGCAGUAAUAGUGGUAGUAGUAGCAGAAGGAAGAAGCAGAUCCCUUGUACAUAUCUAUCUGAACGUCAAUCACAAAAGCAAUAAGGUAUAGGGCACGAAUGUAGCUAAAUAUUUUAAAACUGUUUUUACUUUAAAUUCGUUACGUGCGCAGCGAAAGUGAGAGACAGAGAGCCCAACAGUGACACACGUGAUCGUCUCGCAGACGAUCAUCAAUUUAGGUUAAUACGAUACGAUGAGCUUACAUGCAGCAUAUGGAAUAGCCUCAUGUACGCCACACAAACACACACUGCUGCUGAUAGUAGAGAUCGGUAAAGGAAGGGCUGCUGCUCCGGAUUGCUCAAGAAUCUCGAAUCAAGAAAUACUCUCCAGAGUAUAUCUCAAUACUCUCUAGACACUUCCCCUUCCUCCGUCCCCUCGUGUUCGCACACGAGCGCAUCAUAUUUAGGGUUUUAUUAUUUUGUUUAAUAUUCACUUAUCGUAAGUUUGUCCCACCAGAUUAUUGUUUCGUUUCGGUUUCGUUUUUAACAAAUAAUUCUGUACGUCAGCGAAUGCAGAGAAGCACCAGAAGGGGGUUCCUUUGUUUGUCCAAUUGAUGUGCACACUCCGAGGUCCGACAUUACAGGGCUCUGUACAGGGCAUCUAUGCAACCCACUGUUCAACCACGGUCUCAGCCUAACAAGCAUUACAGCCAGCAGCCACCGAAAACUGUUAGGGAAAAAGUCGAAACGAAUAGGGUAGGGUUUAAGCGAUCUACUCUCGAGCAUGAAAAACGCGUAAUGCAAACAUGGAGCACGCGCCAACAAUGUGAUAAAGUAUGAGUAUUUUAGUUAUUUUCUCCAUUUUACUUGUUCGAGUGGCGUGCAGCAGCCACUCGAAGCUCGAAGCAGUGUGCGCGCAUGUGUAUGAGAGAGAGUGUGUGUGCUUGUUGAACGUUUUAUUAUUUUUUAAUGGACUAAUUUAAUUUUUACACACUCCAGGGAAACUCUCCACGUACUCCUGCGUACGCGUUAGUAAGAAGCAUUUUAUGUUGUCAAAUCCCUGCCGCGAGGUUGCCAUCGCCUCGACGAUCCAUGAGGCGAAUGCUCUCAGAUCAAAUCCAGAAAGCGUGGCAGGAAACGGAAUUGUACAUUUUUCGCAUCAUUUUAUUAUUAAAUUGCGACUCGAGCAUGGUUGAGAUCGGCGAUCAAGAGGCACGUGCAGACGGCGACAGCGCAGGAAGCACAUGUAACACGUAUUUAGGUACAAAACGUUUUUAGAUAGAGCUUAUUAUUAUAUUUAGAGCAAAAGAACAAACAAUCUGUACCAACAGGAGAGUCCCGGAUAUUGUAUAUAUGCGAGAGAAAUUGAAAAAUAAAGAUGAAAAU